GUUUUUUUCUUCAAUUUUGGGGCUUAUUUUAUCGCAUUACACAUUUCAAUUUCUAAUAUCAAUCCGUUUCUCUUAUUGAAUUUGAUCGAAACUAUCGAAACCCUCUCAAAUAAACGCUCCUGUUUUUGUGUGUUCCGUGAAUUUGAAGUUGUUUAGAGGAUUUUCUCAGAGUUUUUAAUGAAAAGUUGCGAUGGAUCCGAACACCGUGGUACUGGAAAUAAGCUCAGAUGAAGAUGCUGGUUGGAAUGAUCAUGAYGGAAGUGGAUUUGCUGACGGCGGUGACGAUCAUAAUUGGUUAUCAGAGCUUCUUGAUGAGGUAAACAAGGAAAAAUACGGUGAUGAUUCCGAUGAAGUAGUGUUGGUGAGUGAGGUUUCUGUUUCUCCAUCUGAGAAAACUGGGAAGAAAUCAAAAUUGAAGUCGUGUUUAAUUGACUUGGAUGAUGAUUGUGUUGUUCUUGAUGAUGACCCCGAUAAACCGGUGGAAGUACGGAAUGAUGACCGGAGUAACAUCAAUGAUGAUUCCGAUGAUAUACUUGUUGUUAGCGAAAAAGGGCAGGUUGCUUGUCGUGAUUAUCCCCAUCCAAGGCACCUUUGUAUCAAAUUCCCAUUUUCCGCUACUCCAAAUCAAAGCCACUGUGAACAGUGCUACUGUUAUGUUUGUGACUCACUUGCUCCAUGUGUCUAUUGGGGCAAUGGCAGUGCAAGUACGGACCAUUGUGGUGCCACUGAUAAAGAUGAGACAUGGAAACUCGAGAGGAAAAACGCCAAGAAUGGUAGUAAAGGCGUACAAUCAGUUCCUAAAGUGGACUUUCACAGGCCAGUACCGACUCUAGCUCAACCCCAUAAUCAGAUUCUGAGACCCAGAUCCAUCCUUCCACACCACACAUUGGGAAACUUUCAACCCCCAAAUAUCAUCAACCAAAACCGAACCCCCAUAUUUGCAUCACGAAACAAGUUCCGUCCAGAUUUGGCCUCUCAACUGUUGCUUAGAACAARUGGGGCUAGGGGCCACCAGAACCAUAAUAACCUAGGCUCUCAGCUUCACAGACAAGUAUUUAAAAGAAAUGGUUCAGUUGGGGUUGUGACCACAGCCAACCGAUCACCCUCAUACGGCUCAUACAGUGGCAAUUUCGGAAAUCCCAAUGGGAAUCAAAACUACAAUGUCAAUGGAAUGGUUUCAGGGCCAAAUAAGUAUUUAGGAUCUUUACAACCAAAUGCAGUCAACCCUUCUGUUUCAUAUCCUCAAAGUCAAAAUCAUGCAUCAACUAUAACCCCCCUACUUGAUCAACCAUUGCCUCCCCAACCUCAAUUCUCCAAUCSCCCGAAUCCAGGUUUUCAAUCUCAAGUAAAUUCCAACCCUUUCCUGGAAACCCCACUUUACCAACAACCCCAUCUGGUUCCAUCGUCUUCCCAAACCCAACUGGCAUCCGGUCAGCCUAGAUAUAUGGUGCCCGCUCAAGCAAAUUAUCCGGUUCCUWCCCAAACUCAAGUACAUAGCCCGUCAAUUCCUGUUUCGGAUUAUACUCAGAAUUUUCAAGGAAAUCAAGCUCAAAGUCCUACAAUAGAUUCAAGUUUUCAAGAUUAUGGAUUAAGUUGGCCUCCAACCGAACAAUCUGCCACAUUUGAAGGUGGUGCAGYGGCAACGAGUGAGCCAUCACUGGUGGCGGUUUCUGGUGGUAGCUUAGCGGACUAUCGGUAUGAUUGGAUUUUCGAUAACCAGCCUGUUGAACCAGGGUUCAUGGACAUUCCUGGACCAUUUGGGUUGAAUGAGUUACCUGAUUCCGCUUUCAUAGACACAGGUCCAAUUUUCGACUUUUAAGCCUUUGAWCCCAAAUGGUUUUUUUGCUUGGCAGAGAAUGGUGAAGCAUUCAACAUUCUUGCUUUGUUUGGAUAACUGGAGUCUCUGAUGGCUGGUGUAUGUUACUAUUUUUUUUUUUUUGCCCUUUUUGGGUUUAUUUCAACUUGGUUUUGCAGACAACUUUUAUGUAUGUAUUUAUUUAGUCAUGUAAGUUGAUAGAAAGCAUCCUAAAUGUAAUUUCCUUGGAUCCACUUUGYAGUUCUUUUGAAAACAUACUACUGGAGGUGGGGUCCGGUGAAA